AUGAAUUAAUAAUCAAAGAACAAGUCUCUUCCACUUAAAAAAAUAAUUCCUAAACAAAGUUAGCCCCAAGAUAUUGAACAUUGUCGUUAAGCAAUCAAAUAAAUCAUUCAAAAUAGUGAUGCUUCUAGUAACUCAACUUUUCAUAAAUCUGCUGAAUAGCAUCACUAACAGCAAUAACCGAAGAAACACCUACACUCUACAGUUCAAAAAUAUAAUGAAAAUAUUGGCAAGAUGUUUACAUCUACCAAGUAUGGAGUCGCAUACAUGUAAAAAAAAGUUAUGCAUAAUAUUGAUUAACUAUGA